AUGGCCCCUCGAGGAGGCUUCGAGGACGAGGAACUCACAAUAUCCCUCUCCUCAACCCACGUCCGGCGUCAACAGCAACAACAACCCCCGUCUUCCCACCACCACCACCACCGACAUCAAGGCCGUGACCGUGAUCGUGAUCGUGACCGUGACGAUGCUGGCAAAUCCUCCAAGUCGAGCGGCACCCGCCAGAAUCCCAUGGAGUCGACGCGAGACAAGACCAAGACCGAGCAGCGCAUUGGCGCCUACAAAAUUGUGCGAACCCUGGGCGAGGGUUCCUUUGGUAAAGUGAGGCUGGCUAUUCACCAAGGCACCGGGCAGCAAGUCGCUCUCAAGAUUAUUGCACGUAAGAAACUCAUCAGUCGAGACAUGGCUGGCCGUGUCGAGCGAGAGAUUGAGUAUCUUCAGCUGCUGCGUCAUCCACACAUCAUUAAACUGUACACUGUCAUCAAGACGCACACCGAAAUCAUCAUGGUGCUCGAGUAUGCUGGCGGGGAAUUGUUUGACUACAUUGUACAAAAUGGCCGCAUGAAGGAAGCCGAAGCACGACGCUUUUUCCAACAAAUGCUUUGUGCCGUCGAGUACUGCCACCGUCACAAGAUUGUCCACCGCGACCUGAAGCCUGAGAACUUGCUGCUGGACGAUAAUCUCAAUGUCAAGAUUGCAGAUUUUGGUCUGAGCAAUAUUAUGACGGAUGGAAAUUUCCUCAAAACGAGCUGUGGAAGUCCCAACUAUGCUGCACCCGAAGUUAUUGGCGGAAAGCUGUACGCUGGUCCCGAGGUUGAUGUGUGGAGCUGUGGCGUUAUUUUAUACGUUCUUCUCGUUGGACGGCUGCCCUUUGACGAUGAGCAUAUCCCCAGUCUCUUUGCCAAAAUUGCACGGGGCACAUACAGCAUCCCGCAGUGGAUGCCGUCGGGAGCUGCCAACCUGAUCAAGAGGAUGCUUGUUGUGAACCCUGUGCAAAGAGCUACCAUUGAGGAAAUCCGACAGGAUCCAUGGUUCUUGACUGACCUACCUGCCUAUCUUCAGCUUCCCGUCGAGGAGUUUUUCAACACUGGCGUCGACCCCAACAAGGCUAUUGAAACAAGCGACAUCGCCCCGAAUGCUCCUGUGCAAGUGCAGGAGAGGCUUCACAAUGAAGUCACGGAGAAGAUUAGUAAAACUAUGGGUUACGGCAAGACGGACGUUGAAGAAGCUUUGCAGUCUGAGGAACCGUCCGCCAUCAAGGAUGCUUACAUGAUUGUGAGGGAAAAUAAACUCAUGCAAGUGAAUCAAGGCCAAGAGCCGUUGACGCCCGACGUUGAGGAAGCUUCGAGCCCAAUGAUGAGCAUGUCCUCAGCUAGAUCGGGGGCAUCAGGCGGGAUAUCCCCGCGACCAUAUGUCAGCAAGGUCGGUAUCCUGCCGACCAGUUUGCCAACGCACCACAAAGACUUUAUCGAAAGACAAAAAGCAGGGUUUGAUUCGCAGCCACCCCAAGUUGCAGCCGUUCAUGAUGAGCCGCCCACGGCCAGGACAGACGCAGAGAAGGAAGAGGCCGCCAGACGGCUGAAACCACACGCACGAGUUCAGAUGCGGCUCGAGGAGGGCAGCAAGCGCCCACAAGGCAUGACACCAAUAAACCCGCCUAAGAAGCUUAAGCCAGUGCGAUGGCAAUUUGGUAUCAGAUCUAGGAACGCACCGUGGGAGGCACUGCUCUGUAUCCACAAGGCUCUUCACAAAUUAGGGGCCAAGUACAUCCCAGAUGAAGACUACUCCCAGCUUCACGGCAAAGACAGCGAGGCACCGAGCGGAGAUGGCAGCUUUGCGGACGACUACAACGGUGGAGCGCAAUUAACACGGGAGUCGAGCGAUCUGGAUCCGGCCAAGCGCUACCAGCUGCCGGCAGAUCCAUGGCACAUCAAGGUGCGAUGGGAGUCUUCAACCCUCAAGAAGCAUAUUCAAACGCCGCCCGAUGGCGUCGACAAGGACCAAGUCGGCACGCCAGACAGCUACCACAUCACCUCACAAGACAACCCGAAUAAGAAGCGAUUUGUGGCGUUGCACUUGGACAUUCAGAUAUACGAAAUGGAACAGGGAGUAUACCUAGUAGACUUCAAGUCUUCGGGGUACGAGACCCCCGAAGGCAGACUACUUGAAGAGAAGGAAGUGACGAGCCCGUUUCCCUUUCUGGACAUGGCAGCGAGGUUGAUAAUGCAGUUGGCGGAGGCAGACUAA